AUGGACCAAUGUUCCCUAUAAAAUUCAUCUAUUUUUCAAUUUUUAGCUAAUAAUCCUUUGGAUAUUCAAAUUUAUCUUGCUAGCGUAUCAAUUUUUAGAUCUUAUUUUAAUCAUUCAUAUUUUUUUUAUUGUUCAUAAUAAGUUGAUUUUAUUGCGACUAAUUUAGUCUUUAAUUAGAAUGAAUUAUUAGAUUCUAUUACAUUUGGAUUUAGUUCUGGUUUAGAGUCAUCUUAUAUUCAAAUUAACAACAAUAUAUUUGUUGAAUCCUCGUUUAUGUCAACAGUAUAAAUGAUAAGUCAAUAAUAAGUAUCUUGCAAUUUGAUGCACUUAAUAAUAAAGAAUAACAAAUUGCAAAAUUCAGAUUUGUUUCGAUUUUUUUCAGAAUUUAAGUCAAGUGAUCUCUUUAUAAGGCUAGACAAUGCACUUAUUGGAUAUAAUGUAGGAUUAAUUAUAAGUUAUAAAGACUAAUAACUAAGCUAUACGCUCAAUAAGGUAAGUUACUUGUUUAACAUCAAUGGCAAGACAAUUAUUUUGAAGAACUUUUCAAUCUAUGAAACCAAAAAUGUUUAUAUUCUCUAUUUCUUUGAUAGCCAGAAUAUCGACUUAGAAAACUUUAUUUUUGAGAAUUCUGAAAUAGAAGAAAAAGUAUCUGUCUAAACUAGUUGCUUAUAAAAUCAAAAUUUUUAAAAUUAAAUAAUUUCGAUAAUCGGGUUUAAUAUAAUUUAUAUAUCUAAUUUUAAAAUAAACUUUAUUUAAAGUAUGGAUGAAUCAAUAAUUAAAAUUAUGUCUAGUAACUAAUAUUUCAAAGAAUAAACAGGUCAAAUAACAAUAUUAAAUAUUGAGUUUAAUGGAAAUCUUUUACAAUCGCUCAAUUAAAUCAUAUAUUUUUCACUUCUUACAAUUAUUUCUGAUAGAACCCUCGAUAUUUUGAUAAAAAAUGUAGUAUUUCAAAAUAAUAUAAUGCAUACCUACAACGAAAAUUCUUUAAAGGAUUCAGCAGCAUUAUUAUACAUCUCUUCAUUAGAAAGUACAAUUCAUAUAGAAAAUUUAUAAUGUAGAUAAAAUGCUAUGACAAACUCUUCCAAUUCAUUCAUUUCUAUUUCUUCGAAAUCUUUGAAAAUGAACAAUAUUUAGGUGAGAUUUCAUAAUAUUCUCCCUUUAAAGAUUUGGAACAAUUAUUAUAAUUUGAUAUAAGUGAGUUAAGACUAGAUUUAGUCACUAAUUAAAUAGAUUUAUUAAAUAAAAACUAUUGGAGGUGCUGCCUCUAUUUAAACAUCGAAUUUUAUAUGUAUCAACGCGUCUUUUGAGGAGAUAAUGACUGCAAAAUUUCAGUAUUUGAUAUUGCCACUUCAAGCGACGGAAAAAUAAUGAUGUAAAAUUUAUCUAUUUUGUAAAUAAGAAAUAGUCUUCAGGAAAGUAUUGAAAGCGGAGGAUGCUUUAGUAUUAAUGCUAUAAAUAGUUUCUUGAAUCUUUACAUUAAAAAUGCUAAAUUUUAGAAUAUUCAAAAUAGGAUGUCUUCAUCCAUAAUAACAAUUAAUCCUUCAUUACUUAAAAAUAAUUUGAUAUUCUAAAAUAUGUCCAUCAUUGAUUGUGUUUCAUUAAAAAAUUAGAUUGUUAAAGUUUAGUUUAUUUCCUAAGCAAAUAAAUAAAAUUUAAUUUCAUUUGUCGAUUUAAAGAUUUACUAAAGUUAAGAAUCUUGGGAAAAUUUAUUUUAGAAUAUUGGUGUUUUGUCUGAAUCUGAAAUUCAAGAAAUAGCUGGAAAUGGAAAUGGAAUAAUAUAUUUGGAGAAUUGUGAUUUUACUAUAGAAAAUCUUAGUUUUGAGGGGAUGCUUUUUUCUAGUGUAAUAAAUUUAAAUAACAUAAAUAAUUUAAAUAUGAUUAAUUGCUAAUUUUAUAAUGUUAAGAAUAUAUACACAUAAAAUCUAAUUGUGAUUAGUUAGACGGCAAAUUAAAAGUAAUAAGUUUCCUUAAGAACUUUAAAUUUUAAAAAUGGGUCCAUGUAUUUUCCAAAUAAUUUGCCAAUUUAAGAACACUUAUAAAUAUUAAUCAAUUAUUUCUUUUCUGGAUGCUCUAUAUAGAAUUUUUAAGUGCAAUCUUUAGAGAAAAAUUACUUUUACGUAAAUAUAAUCUAAUUACUACAAUAAAAUUAAUAACAAACCUCGAUCUUAUACGUUAGGAGCUAGUCAAACUUAGGUGUUUUUAUUUUUGAUAGGAUUAGAUUUACAAAUAAUAAUUAUUCAGCAAGUUAAUAGGGAAUCAUCCACUUUGAUACCAUCAAUUUUAAGAAGUUCCAAAUUAUUAGAUUUGAUUGUCAUUCCAAUGUUAUCAAAAAAUAUGGAUGUUUAAAUAUUAUUGGGAAUUAAAAUGCUUCAAAUGUACUUGAAAUAAAAAAUUCAAAUUUUAUUUCAAACCUUGGAACUUAGGGAGUUGCAAUAAAGAGUAGCGAUGUUCUAUUAAAGUUAUUUCAAUGUAAUAUUAUUUCUAACAUUGCACUAUCUUAAGGUGGAGGUUUAUAUUUGUAAUUAAACACUAAAAAAUUCUUUAUUUCUAAAACGAUCAUAAUUUAUAAUAAAGCCCAAGAAGGAGGAGGAAUUUAUUAUGAUUUGGAUAAUGAUCUCUCAAUCAAAACCUAAGUUUAGACUUUUAUAUAUUUCAAUCAGGCUGAAGUCUAUGGAAAUAAUCUAGUUGAAACCCCCAGUUAUUUGUCACUAUACCUCAAUUCAAAAGCAAUGGUUGCUAUAGAAUCUAGAAUGAACAAUAUUUCAACUAGCACCCUCAGAAUAAAUCCAUAUGUAGUAAUGGAACAAGGAAAUAAAAAAUAAACUGAAAUGCUCAUGAUUCCUAGUACAUAAGUAAUCGAUACAUAUUAACUAUUUUAUGUCAACAAGACUUAAUAUUUAACAUACAUUAAUAGUUUGAACAUAUAUUUCAAAAAUAGCAAGGGUGAACUCCUCCAUAAUAUUUAUAAUUCAACUUGUGUAGUAUCAGAUUACACAGUAACCAAAGGAAAGGAUGAAAAAUAAAAAUCUUCUUCAAAUUAACUCCUACAGUUUUAGACAGAGAAUAAUAGUUUUGAACUAACUACUUUAUCUUUUCGACUAGACCCAUAUUAAAAAGACAGCAGUCACUUAGAAAUUUAAAUCUUUUGUAAGACACAAAAAUCACAAAAUGGUCUUAAUUAUAUCAUUAAUGCAAAAAGUUUUAAAUGUUAGUUAGGAGAAUUUUAUAUUGAAGAGGGGUGUUAGACUUGCAAAUCUAGCCAAGGAUUUUAUAGUGUAACAUAUGAUACAAUAAAAUGUUCAGUUUUUGAUAAAACUAAAUUCUAAAAUGUAACUUCUAAUAUGAUAAAUUUACAGAAGGGAUAUUGGAGACCUAACUAUCUAUCUGAUGCUACAGAGGAAUGCUAUAAAAAUACAGAAUUUUGUUUAGGAGGAUGGUAAGUAGGAGAUAGCACGUGUAGUUAAGGUCACAUAGGUGCACUAUGCGAAAUGUGUGAUUUAUAUAAUAUACGAGGACAAGGGUAAUUUUUUAGAAAUUAAUAAAAUUAAUCAUGUUUUUCAUGUUCAAAUGAGGAAAGUAGCAUACUUCCUUUUAUCUUUGCUUUAAUUUAGUAUUCAAUAUUAUUAACUUUAGGGCAAUAUUAUCUAUUUCGCUAUCACUUAAAAGUAUUAAUAAAUCAAAUUCUUUAUUCAACUAGCUUACAGUUUUUUAAAAAACGUUUAGUAAAAUACUAUUUAAAUUAAAUUAAGGUAAUUAUAAAUUUACAUAUAGAUCAUGAGGGUAUAUUAAUUAAGAUUUUAUUAAAUUACUUAUGGAUAUUUUCGACAAUAUUUACUUUUAACAUCAAGUUUUCAUUUUCAAUCUUCUUUAUUGAACAAUCAAGUAAUAGCUUCUAUUUUAUGGUAAAUAAUUUAGAUUGCUAUUUGUCAGAUUUAUCAAUACAUUUAAUCUACGCUUAAAUUAUUUUUAUGUUAUUAUUGAUGCUGCUACAAUUUUAUUUUAUAUUGAUCAUCUCGUUUAUUUAUUAUCAAUUAUCUUCAUAAUAAAUGGAGAGAAGUAUAAUUUCAAAUACCCUGCUCUGCUUAUAUGUUUUUAAUUAUGGAGGAUUGAUCAAAUUGUAAGACAUAUAUUAAAAAUUAGGUUAUGUUCUAAGUUGUCUGUUAGAUAAAUAUCAAAUAUUGAUUACAUUUAAGGAGAUGUUUCCUUAAUAUUUGGUAGCUAAGAACAUUAUUUGUGGGUUUACUAUCUUAUCAUACCGCUAUUAGUAAUUUUUUGUUGCGUCAUUCCGUUUUCAUUAUUUUUACUGAUGUUUCAAAAUAGAUUUCACCUAUUUAAACUAAAAUUUAGAAAACAUAUCUGUUAUUUGUUUAAUGAGUAUAAUGAAAAACGAUAUUUUUGGGAAUAGAUUAAGUUGAUUUAGAAAACAUUUAUAAUAUUAGUAAUAACUAAUUUUGAAAACAAUGUGCUAUUAAAGACAACUUUACUAGGCACAUGCGUAGAAAUAUAUUAAGUCUUAGCUAAUAAUAGUAAACCUUAUAUUAUUUCGAAGUUUAAUAGUUUAGAUUUAGAAUCAGGGUAAAUUUGUUUAAUAGCUAUUUUUUUUGCAGCAACUAAAUAUGAAAGUUAAGUCUUGCAAAAUGAUUUUUUUUCUAUGUUCCUUUAAAUCAUUUUGAUUUUAUUAUUAUUUCGACUAAGUCUUCCUUUUAUAAAAGAGAUUUUGAUUAUUUAUUCCAAAAAAUAUUCGUUACCACUUAUGGCAAAGAUCCAUCCAACUUUGAAAAAAUCAAAAAUAAGGUUGUUUAAAAAUAUUGGAAUAUAUUUGGAUUCAGAAUUUGAAAAAAGAAAAAAAUUAUAAUCCAAUAUUUAAAAAAUGAGAUCGACUUUAUAAAUUAAGUUUGAAAGUGGAAAAGAAGUAAUGUAAUAAUCUUAUUUAUUGUAAGAUUUUUUACCAAAAGACCAAUUCUUAAAUCAAUUACAAAUAGCAAGGCAUCUUUAAUCGAGAUUAAAGAUUAAUAAUAAUUUUGA